UGCCUGCGCUGUAGCCGGGAGGAGGCCGGCGGUGCGGUUGGGUUGAAGGUUCGCAAACGGGAGGCGGGAACCGAGGGCGAAGGCAGGAAAUAAUACAAGGCGGGAUUCAAAAACAAACACCCGGCGGUUCGGCGAGGGGGGAAUGAUGCGGCACGGUUUGUGGACCAAGCGGGAGCCAUGAAGCAACGAAAGCCGUUGGUUCCCGGCAAAGGCAGCCAGGUCAUUACAAAAUUUUUCGCACCGGAUCCAGGCGCAGGAAAGGACAGAAUAAUUUUGGGCUCACCACGAAAGGGUGGCACAGAUGACACUUCCGUACUACAACAUGCUGAAUCACUUCAGAAACAUAGGAGCAAGACUCCUUCAUUUAAAUCCAAAAGAUCCAUACAUUUGCCCUCUCCUCGGACAAGCCCAGUACUAGAGGCUUUUAUGAAAGGUGUCUUAAAGUCGGAGAAAAGAACAAAUAUGGGCGGUGUAGUGAAAUGCCAGGUCACUCAUCACCCUAAUUCUCCACGAGUGAUAGUGCGAAGACUGUUUUUGCCAUCAAGUCAAUAUCCUUCAGAAGGUGAUAUACUUAAAGACAAAGGAGAAAAUGUAAAAAAAUCUUCUAAUACUGAAGAAUCCUUGACAAAGCAGAACAAUUUGCAUUCCAAAUGCAGUACAGAUGAGUAUAGAAGAACAGCUUUGUGGCACAAGUCUCUGCCCAGUCGGUUUUCAGCACCAGCUUCACUGGAAGUAUUGAAGUAUUCUGAUGACACAAGAAAUUCAGAACAUACCCCUUGGUACAUGAGACCCCGAUUAUCUCCAAGAAGGCUUAAACAUCAGCAUGGAUUAUUCAAUGAUAAUUUUCAGAAUACCCUUCAAGCUUAUAGGAGGGCACGAGAGUUGAGGAAAAUCAGGUUGCAAAAUGGAAAACAUUCUUAUUCGCCACCGAAUCAGAGCACCUUGAAACGAUCAUAUUCUUUGCCGUCAACGUCACUAACAGAGAAUAGCGGCAUUUCUACACAGACUGAAUCAGUUUUAAAACUCGUGACCAAAACGCUCCCUUCGGGUUCUCUGCAAAUGUGCAGCAAAGUCCAGCGGCACCAUUCCUUCCCUCCUUGUCCAGGUCGUAAAAACUCGAUGAGUGCCUUGAAACCAAGGUUGCACAUCUCAUGUUCAAAGGAGAAAAGAAAACGUAAUCUAAUAGAUGACGACGAUCGGAGAAAGAAACGCGUUUCCUUGCCCCGUCAGAUAGAUGCUCCGUUCCAUAAGAAAAGAUGUGAAAGCAGGAUCACUGACAAAUAUGGCAGUGACGUGACUGAAAAUGUUUGCAACGGAGUGCUGAAAGAUCACAAUAAUGGUGUAUUGGAAAAUGAGGACAUAGCCCUGGAAGCUGAUGAAUUUCCAGAAAAUGGCUGUUUGCCAUCAUUGUUGGAUGAUAAACUAUCGAGUCACAUCCCUCCAAAUUCAUACACACGGACACUGACAGAGGAGAAAGCCAAGACGGCCCUGGACAGUGCAAUUUCUUCAAAAGAAAAUAGAUCUGGGCUCCUGGGGAGACAUCCCUUGGCAUCCUUAGACAGCAAAAGGACACAAAAACUUGAAUCUAGCUCUUUAGCUGUUUUGCCUUCGGAUGAUGACGGUAAGUCAUCGGUACCAUCUCAAGAGCUUGAACAGUACACCACUGUCCAGUCAUCGGAGAGCACUGAAGACCCAGAGAAGAAAGAAAGGGACAGUUACAGCGGCAUGAACAGUGACGAUGAACUCAGCUGCAAUUUAGAUAGUGAUGAGGAUGAUGAUACUUUGUUGGCUUUGGACGAACUCCUAACGCUUCAGAACAAACCAAUACCUGCAACACCAGAGAAAUCUGCCAUUUCUAUUACGUCGGUGAGCCCAAACACACCAGUGGCUUCGAUGACUUUCAAAGUUAUUAAGCAGACGAGUUAUUCAAAUGGCUUGGAACGUCUUCUUAAAGAAAAGAAGCAGUCGGAGAGAAUGUGUGAAACACUAAAGGACCUUAAGAAAAACGGACUGUAUCAACUCAAUGUGACACAUGACAUUACUCGCCUGACUGAUGAAGAUGACGAACUCAGCAUGGAUGAAGGCAUGGAUCAGAUUGCAGAGGAACACAGGGCAUUCUUACUCAAAUUCUCUGUAAAAUCAGACGGCAUACCAGACUUGCAUCCUGGAGAAAAUAUUUUCAAUGUUUUGGAGGCUGGAAAACAUUUUAAUCAGCAUAACCUCAUGUUGACUCGGGGUGAAUUAACACCUCAAAACUUCGUGGAAAAGACUCUCAUCAAUUCUGGAACCAGUUACCAGACAUUUUUAUUCACUAAUGGGAUUGUAAGCCAAACCUAUUACACAUUGCCAUGUCCACAGCCAGUUUACAGACUCUUAUUUAAGAUGAUGACCAUUCAUUCCGAUUACAUUGUUUCGGUGCACAUUUUCAAAGCACUUUGGGACAUCUGGACUAAUGCUGCCAAUAGAAUAGUUAAAGGUGGCGACCGCGAGUUCAAGGUUUGGACUCCAAGCCUCAAGGAUAUGGUUGCUGUCUUUCUGAACCUAGGAGUAGAAUUCAACACUUUGUUUCCCUUGAAGCACCUUCAGCCAGACUUCACUGAAGCAGACGUUUUGUCUGGGCUCCAAAAUGAUAAGGAAAAUUAUACAAAGGAUAAUGCGCCAACCUCCCAGCAAGAACCUAUCUUCAGCUCUCUGCCAGAAUUUGGCAUAAAGAAUGUAGUCAAGUUUCUUCUGCUGUGCACGUCCAUUUGCCCUGAAGCAUACUCUGAUAAAGAAUUAAUAUUGCUGAUAAGCUUGUUGGGGAAGAUUGGCCUUGAACGAGAGUUUCAGCUGACCCCGUUGAAAGACUUGCAGUGUUUGCUUGACAAUCUUCUCAACAACAUCCGACACUGGAGUACGAGGAUGUUCGAACUCUGCAAGAUAAUAAGUGACUUAUCAGAACAUCAUCAUAAUCUUCUAUACCUAGUUCAGCUGUUGCCUGAUUGCAGUACGCGAGGAAGGCAACUCAGGAGGCACCUUAGUUUGGUGAUCAUUUCAAAGCUGCUUGACAAAGGUCAUAUGUAUAUACCGAAGGAUCCAGAUAUAAAGAUCUCUAAUCUGUGUCGAUACUUGUAUAUGAUGAAACCAUCUUCGUUGUUGAAAACGAUUGAAAAGGAAAGACAAGAGGAUGAGCAUCAGGAAGCUGCACUUACAGAGCUGGAUCAACAGGCUUAUUAUCUGUGCUACAACCUUCUGGUCCUGGCAAAUGAAGUACUACAUACGGACAGUGUUCCUGCCAGUCAGCGGGGUCAUCUCAUGCAGCUCUGCGCUGAAAUAGAAAAAUACGUCAAAUGUGACAUAAGGGAAGACCCCAAACUACUCUACCGAAGCAAGGUGAAAGAUUUGGAAGCAAGAACGCAUGCAAAAUGGCAAGAGAUGCUCCAGCGUUCACGGCCAAUUCAGGGAAAACUCCAUGACUAUUGGGAACCUUUGUUUGAAGAUCUGAAUUGCCCGAGUCAGUCGUGCGGUCUUGAUGAGGAAACGGAACACUACAAGGUUCAAGGACUUGCUGGUUGUGAUAAAGAUUUGGACUUUCCUUAGUACAACAAACAUAACUUUUUAUAACGAUUAUAAAGCCUCUGACUUGUUUAUAUACAAUGUUUAGACCUUAAGUUUGUGUUCUGGGUUUAUUUUUGUUCUUUAUUUUUGCACAUGAACCAACAAGUGGUGUUGUGUGCCAAGUAAAUUUUGUUAUAGAGGUUAAUGUUUUUGAUAGUUUAGCUCUGUAUCAAAGGAUAUAUAAAAAAAUAUUUUGUGAUAAUGUUAGAGAUCGAGUUUAUUUAUAUAAUUGCAGCCAUGUUUGCAGUGUUUUGUAGUAUCAAUUUUAUUGCUGUACAUAAAACUUUGACCCUUUUUGUAAUGUCAUUUUUAUUGAACGUUGAAAUUGUUAUAAUUGAACUUCUGAAGCAUUCUACUUGAAAAUGUCAAUUCUUUUCUCUUUUGCUUUAUGCCAUUUGGAAAUCAAAUUUCAAUUCAGUGGACUGCUUCUUGUGGAAGAUGCAAUGAAUUCACAAAUUGCUGAGUAAAAUGUUUGCAAGCUGCACGUUUUAUCCGUACUGAAGCGACAAUUUUCCCUCUCGCCACUUUAACUUUGUCGUGCUAAUUGAGUUUGCACGCACAUCUCUCUCGCCAUUCUUGGUAUGUCUUUACAUUGUAGCCUGCAGCACUGGCAUACACUUUAAAAUGUUUAAAGAUGGUUAGGAAUUUUCACGUCAUGGCUUUUAUUGUUUCCUCCGCUCCGUUCUCCAGUGUCAUUUUUUUUUUUGUCGGCGCUAGUUUGUGCUCAGUUGAAUUUGUUGCCUAAAACAACCAGUCGACACAUUAAUUUAUAACAUUGUAUAGAAGAAAAGGCUGGUAAGGGGAGUCACCUGUCAUUAACAUACCUAUUGGUUCUUGUAUCGCAAACCUAGAGUUGGGGGGCUUGAGUUGUUUUUAUUUAUCACUUGGCCCCUCAGCUGAGUUUUUUGCCUUGCAGCUCCUUUACCUAGCAUGUAAUUUAUGUAUCCGUUGUAAAUUUAUAUCUGUGCCCCAUCUUUUCGGGUAGCAAAUGAAAGAAUUUUCGAUUUUUUUUAAGGCAAUUUUGUAAGACUUGUAACUGUUAAAGGAAAGUAUUAAAUGCUUGGUUAUGUUUGUGGAAAGUGCUGGAUUAUUCACUACAUGUCUGUCUUGUAUUUAUACUUUUGAUUUCUAAUCUAAUUAGUGCAGGGUGCUAGAAUUUCAUCUCAAGAACUUCUAACAGGAGCAAACUGCUGCAAUUCCCACUUUACAUCGUAAAGUCAAAAGGAGUACGAUUUUGGAUGUCUCAGCAACUAAGCCAAGGCCAGUUUAUUUGCAAACUGUGUGUAUGUAUACAAAAUAAAAGUGAGUGUCAUAAUGCUGCCUUUAGCUGAGCAGAGUGCAUGAAUAGGAAAUGUUGCCUACCAAAAUCAAUUUUCAUAUUACUGAGAAUAUUUGUCAUUUUAUUGGCCAGGAGCAUUCUUGCCCAAAGCAAAUUUUCUUUUACCUCAAGAUUGGAGAGGACGAACUAAUUGCCGAUGUGAAGCAUCCGCUUGAGUGAGAACAGCAAUACCUUUUCUGCUUGGGCUUCGGAAAUGGAGCGUGGCUUGGGAAUCUUAAUUUUUUUUGUAAGAAAAAAAUAUAUAAGAUGCCAUCAUAUAUUUAGGAUUUACUCUUGUGUUCUUGGGCACGAAGCUAUGACUUGGAGCUACCUCACUGACAUUCCAGGGCUCUGUAGGUUAAGACUAGCCAUGCUAGUUAACAACAACCCCUUAAAGCAACUUGGCAAAACAUCUCCCUAUGAGAUUGAAUGCCUUGAGAUUGGACUUAGACUUGUGUUUAACUAACUGUAUAAUUUCUCUAAAUUCAAUAUAUCUGUAGUAAAGUGUUUUAAAAUCUUUCUUAGUAAUAAAAUAGUUUAAAAUGUGGCACAUUUGCUCAGGAAUAGAUUCUGCAAUUGUAUGGUGUACUGAAGGAGAGGAGUGAGCUUGGAGAUGUGCAGAAAUGCCUUCAGGCUAUCUGUGUAUUACAAAUGACUGGUUUUGUGGUCUGGCAUUGAGUCUUUAACCAAAGAAUACAAGAUUAAGCUCUCAACUGUUAGUUGAUCUACCUCAGGACAGAACUGAAUCUUUGGUCAAAGAACGUGUCCUCAGGAAACGUCUGUAAUAAUUCUGCCACCCUGCACUUCAGAAAUGUAUAAAAGACUUAAUAUUAUUUUUCUGCUUUAACACAUUUGCAUUUUUUAUUUUUUUUAAACAAUUCCUUUAUACACACACAAUUUGAGUUAUUUUGACAAAAUAAAAUUUCAAUAUGAUUA